AUGUCAUCUCAACACGUUCAACUACAGUGCGCUCGUCUAACUGAAAAUAAUUUAAGGGAACAUACCGAAAGCUUCGUGAAAAGAAAAUCCCUCCAAGAACAAUCCAUUUUAGAUUAUGUUCUGGAGCAGAAACAAAUAAAUUAUGAAGAGUCACAACAAUCAUAUGAUGACUAUUCGUCUUCGGAUUCUGAAACAAGUCGUAAGACUACGCUUUCGGGUUAUUCGCGAUAUUCUGUUGAAGAUAAUCUAUCUUCAAUAAAUAGUUCGCUUCUUAUCUCGAGAUCUCGUUUACGAAAAUCAAAGAAAUCUGAAACACCCGAGAUUAAACAAUCCAAACCCUGCUCAAAACAAAGGGCUAGAAAGAUCAUUCUUGAAAGGAGAUCUCCAUUGAGGGAAACAUCAUUAAACCAGCGACGUAGUAAGCAUGUACAAAAGGAAAAGGACCAAAGGAACAAAAAAUUCUCUAGAAAAGAAAAGGACAAAUCUUCGAAAAAUCAUUCGCGAAGUGCUAUUAAGACGAACCGUCGUAAAAGUCGUAAAAGCAGAGGUUUGCUCGCUAGUUCUCAAAUAAUGCGGAAUUGGUUUUCGGAUAAACUCGGGACAGAUCGCAUAACUCUCCAACCGAACAAUAAAGCUAGAGUUGGGAUAUUUAAUAAAGGAAAAGCAUCGGAAAAAGUAAAAUCCAGAGGAGUUCCUGAUCUAGUAUUCUCCGAAAUCGAUUUUCUCAAUUCGAAUCCAUCACGUAAACGAAUAAAUCAAAAUAAUGAUGAUUCCCAUCAAGAUACAGAUGAAACUUCAGAUUCUGACCACCAUAAGAGUCUCAGGAAUUCAACAAAGAGGAUAAAGAAUAAACAAAAGGAACCGAAAGUACGAGGAAAUCUAUCAAACAGUAAACAUUACAGUGAAGUGAAGAGUACAUCUUCAAUUAAUAGUCGAUAUCUUGACAAUGAUUGUAAAUCUAGUUUGGGAUCAAACGACAAAGGGGAAAUGAACGCGUCGUCCAUGGGACACGCGCGUGUCGAUAAAAUGCCCAAAUUUAAGGCCAAGAAAAAUGAAAUAUCCUCACAUUUUGUUAAUGGUCAAAAUUAUAAGAAGCCAUUUAAAUAUGCUUUACAAAAUGACAAAAGAUUUCCUCCAUCUAAUGAUAUUGGACGCACAGUUAGUCCUGAAUCAUCAUCAACAUCACGUUCUUAUUCAUACCAUAAAGCGUCUCGAUCUAGGAAAGAAAAGAAAGUUACGUCAUCUUAUUUUGCUAGCAAUCAAGCCAAAGAUUGUUUAAAUGAAUGUACACCGAAAGAUAAACACAAACCGACUGAACAAAUAGAUAAAUUUUAUCCUGUUCAGACGGUCGAUUCGUUUCGUGCUGUUGAUGCGGAAAAGCAAUCUCAAAUUGGUAAUUAUCAAGAAGAUUCUAAAGUUGAUAAAAUUGCACCCAAAUAUGAAGAAUCGUCUGGGAAGGUGCCUAUGAAAUUAGAUGAAGAUUCAACCUGUUCGCAACGAUGUUUGCCAGUCAAUAAAGGUACGAAGGAUCCACAGAAUAAUCAUACGACAUUGACAGAAGAAAAUGAUAGUGAAAAAAUGCACUCUAGAAAUUCUGACAGUGAGAAAAUGGUUGUAGAUUUUAAUCCCUCUUGGAUUAAACGAAAAUCAUUACUUUUGAAUAAAUUAUCAAAAUUGCAGAAUCAAAAUACGGCUAAAAGCAAUGAACAUCAAAGUAGUCAAAUAUAUCGUGCAGUAAUUGCUGAAGGUGCAAAGAUUGAACGAUCAAAUAUGACCACUGGACUUGAUCAAGGUCUCAUUGAUUUAUCCAAAGAUAAAGAAGAGGAAUUAGAAAAAUUUCAUAAUAAUUCAUCUAAUAUUGAACUUGGAAAUAAUGUUAAUGUUAAAGAUGAUGGAAAAAUCUGUCAAGAAAUAUUUGCAAGAGAUGAUCAUAUGUAUGUCGACUUAUUCGACGAGCCUAUUCAAAGUAAAUGGACUUAUCAAGAAAACAUUAAUGACACUCGUCAUAAAGAUCGUAGUAAAUGCGAUACCGCCGAAAAUACCGAUGAUCAAUUAACUUUAGACAUGCAAUACAAAAGUAAUAAUGCGUUAGUAUACGGAGGUAUAGGUCAUGAAGGAUCCUUUGAAGAUUCUAAUAUUUACCCAAUUCCUACAUCUUUUGAAGAUCAUCAGUAUUGGAUUCCUUCAAAUGAAUUUCCCAUGUGUGAUUCUCGUAUUAUACCACAAACGUCAAUGAUGGAAAAUCAGGUCCCAUGGAACUGGAUGCUUCAAUACCAACACAAUACAGAUGUAAUACAUGCAAAUAAUAACUCAUCUGUAAAUAAUUAUGGGCAAACUUGGGAAGAUAGUAUUGACAAUUCACUAUACAUUGAUACGGAAUAUCCAAUGUACGACGAAAAUAACUCAACUUCGCAUAACGACAUUGAAGGAGUAAGAAAUGGUGAGACCAAUAUCGCAGCCUGCUUUGUCUGGAAGAAACAUCGGUUACAUUAA